CCUGGAAAAGGUGGCUGUGAAGUGACAAGAUGGCCUGGUGGAAAGCCUGGAUUGAACAGGAGGGUGUCUCAGUGAAGGGCAGCCCCCACUUCAGCCCUGAUUCUGAUGCAGAGACCCUCUACAAAGCCAUGAAGGGAAUUGGGACCAAUGAGCAGGCCAUCAUUGAUGUUCUCACCAAGAGAAGCAACGCACAACGGCAGCAGAUUGCCAAGUCCUUCAAGAUGCAGUUUGGCAAGGAUCUCACAGAGACCUUGAAGUCAGAGCUGAGCGGCAAAUUUGAGAGGUUCAUCGUGGCCCUAAUGUACCCACCAUACAGAUAUGAAGCCAAGGAGCUGCAUGAGGCCAUGAAGGGUUUGGGAACCAAAGAGAGUGUCAUCAUCGAGAUACUGGCAUCUCGGACCAAGAACCAGAUCCAAGAGAUAAUGAAAGCAUAUGAAGAGGACUAUGGGUCCAUCCUAGAGGAAGACAUUCAGUCAGACACAAGCGGCUACCUGGAGAGGAUCCUGGUGUGCCUCCUGCAGGGCAGCAGGGAUGACAUGAGUGGUUUUGUGGACCCUGGCCUAGCCCUGCAGGAUGCACAGGACCUGUAUGCAGCUGGUGAGAAGAUCCAUGGAACUGAUGAGAUGAAAUUUAUCACCAUCCUGUGUACACGGAGUGCUACCCACCUGAUGAGAGUGUUUGAGGAAUAUGAGAAAAUUGCCAACAAGAGCAUCGAGGACAGCAUCAGGAGUGAGACCCACGGCUCACUAGAGGAGGCCAUGCUUACAGUGGUGAAAUGCACACGGAACCUCCAUAGCUACUUUGCAGAGCAACUCUACUAUGCCAUGAAGGGAGCAGGGACACGGGAUGGCACCCUAAUAAGGAUAAUUGUUUCAAGGAGUGAGAUUGACUUGAAUCUCAUCAAGUGUCAGUUCAAGAAGAUGUAUGGCAAGACCCUCAGCAGCAUGAUCAUGGGAGAUACCAGUGGUGACUACAAGAAUGCCCUACUGAACCUGGUGGGCAGUGACCCCUGA